AUGAGGGGCACCGCGAACUCAUGUAUGCUGGUCGCUGCUCUUGUAGCUGCCAUGGUCUUUCAGGCCGCCCUUCAAACACCGAAAAUAGACAACGACAACCUCAAAUGUGCUUUCGUCACCUCGUUUUCAUUGGCCUUGUUAUCCUCGACUGCCUCAAUCUUAACAUUUCUAGCAAUUUUAUGUUCAACGUAUGCGGAAGAGGACUUUCUAGUGUCACUCCCACUUAAAUUGAUUGUUGAUCUUGCAACGCUUCUCUUCUCAAUACUAACAAUGUUGUUAGCUUUUACUAUGGCGAUCAUCAUGCUAUCGCCUAACAAACCGGGUUGGAUAAUUGUUGCUGCUUUUGCUUGGAUUGUUGGUGGUGUCUAUGUCUGGUUGCAUUUUCCGCUGUUGGUUGUGGUGUAUCGUUCAACCUUUGGAGCAAAGUAUCUAUUUCGUCCUCAGUAUGAACUACUUCGAGAUUAA